UUGUUCUUGAUUCCUCUCUUCCUGCACUAUUAUCAACUGGUACUAUUCCUAUCAUUACUCACCUCAUCAGUUACUCUCUGCCAACCAACAAAUCCACAUUCAAAAGUCGUCUCUCCCUCCUCCUACCAUCUCUCAGCUCUCACUUCACUCCUUCUCUAUCAAUUUUAUUAACCCUCCAAUGCUUCAAUCAGAGUCACGCCAUUUUAAAAUUAUGCGAGCGGCUUCAAACAGAACCUCCUCCUCAGCUAGUGGCCAUGGGAACAAAGAGACAGAAUGAGAUUCGUAGGAACAACCCGUUAUGGGGCGUGUGUCAUCAGAUUAAGUGUUACGGAAACUGUCGUAAAGUUGAUUGUAUUCAUGUUCAUUUGUUUGAGGAGCUGUCUGACAUCAGACCAAGCAAGCUUUCACCAGCUUUAGUUCCUACUGAUGGAGUAGUAAAGGUUCUUGUUAAAACUGUCGCUUCACCCUGUCACCUCUGGGUUCAGAUCAUCGACCACACUCCUCUCCAUCGUGGCCAGACCCCAUACAGGCCACCUACCCUCACUCUAUCUCAGAUCUCAAUGGAUCUUGGCUUUUAUUACAGUGAACCCAGUAAUCGGAUGCUGUGUGGCCAACCAUCAGUUGGUGACUACCUAUGUCUUAAUUCAGUCAGUGGUACCUACUAUAGGGCUUUAGUCCUGGAUUUCUCACAGCCUCUUGGUCUCUACUUUCAUCAUAAAGAGAAAGCCAAGGUCAGACUGGUUGAUACUGGUGAAGAGUGCAUUGUUGAUGUUAAUCAGCUCUACACUCUGCCUCUCUCCUUUUUGGAGACUCCUCCACUCGUUAUUGAAGCAUUUUUGUGUGGCCUGAUCCCACCAGAUAAUGAUACUGACUGGCCCCCACCA